ACAGCACCUCCUACGAACGGGACUGCUGUUGCUUUGAAGAAACCAUCGAUAACUCGCGAUGAUCCCGAGGAACCAGCUUUCAAAAAAUUCCAUCCGAACAAAUUGGAGACGUGCAAAAUUAUUGUGGUUGGUCCCGACAUGGAAAAGUUUUCAAUGUAUGACAUCUUCCACGAUAUUUCACUACAACAUUAUAUGCCAUUAGAAUGUGUAACAAAGACUUUUGUGAAGCACUUCCAUACCAAGCUUAGUGAAGACGAAAUCAUUUCACUACCGAACUCGCAGUUUUCAGGAGUGUUUCCGAUACUUAUUGAACAAAUAGCUUAUCAACUUCGCGAUGAUGGUUUCCUGAUCAAAGAGUUGAGAUUGAUACUUGAGAGGCAAUUGUACAAGGAUUUUGGAAAGUGA